AUGUCCCCCAUCCCCCUCAAGCUCGUCAGGAGCUCGCUAUUGCGCCUACGCGUACUUCAAGCUACCAGUCUACGCGAGGAACAAGCCAUUCAAAGCGCACUUGAGGAGUUGGAGACCGCUGUCGUAGUAUGUGGUGGAGAAGCUGUACUAGCAGCUGCAUUAGAACAGCCGAACGUGCUACCUUAUAUCGUCUCAAUUCUAUCCAAGCCGGUGUUCGAGGAUCUUCUCAUCGACGCCCUACUAUCUUGGGAUAAGACCAUCCACUCCUGGUCCCAAGAGAACCUCUCUUGGCGCGUACUCGCAGCACUAUCCAAGACUGCCUUCUUCCUCCAAAUACGGCGUACCGAAGACGAAGAGCGCCAGUUGCGCGAGCACCAUCAACUUGUAUUCGCUGCGCCACAACUCCUCUCAACCCUUCCCAAAAUGGCCUUCGCGUCUCCAUCACCGGCGGAACCCGAAGCGUUCUCACCCAUCGACGAGGAGUUCGGCUUCAACAUUCCCGUCAAGCAGACCCAGCGCGACCGUAAGAAUGCGAAGAAGCGCGCCGUACAGCAGCGUAAGGCCGAGUCUGAAGCACGCAUCGAUCCUGCGGUGUUUGCCGGCCUCGGCGUUACCCCACCGACGUCCAGAGAAGAUGCGGAUAGGGUAUACGUCCGUGUGGCGGAUCGUUGUCGAGACGCUCUCGAGCACCUUUUGACCUACUUCUGGAUAUCAGUUCCGAAGGAUGUCUUGAAGAACGCCUACAUUCCCGCGGUGUCAUCUGAGGUUAGCGACAUCACCGAAACGCUCAAGGCUGUGACACUUCCGUCGGAUAUCACUGUCGUGGAAGAAGUACCGGCCGCUUUCCCCGCCGUGCAGCCUAUGCGCGCAGCGUUGUACUUCGACAGCGCCGAAGGCUUCGGACCGUGGAAGAUCUUGGUGGGUCAACGGGCCACAGGCGACCUCCGUGAAGCGAAGAGAAAGUCUCCGGACUUCUACAACAUCUUCGUCAAGAAGAUCAAAGAGCUGUCACACGGCCACUUCUCGGACGAUAACCAGAAGCGUCUCACAGGUCCGAACACUCCCAUUCCGAUCUACGAGGCGAAGAUGACCCGCGACACGCGCCUCAUCUAUCAAGUGGACGUUGUACCCGAGAUCGAGACGAAGGUCGAGCGGCAAGUCAUCCGCAUCUUCGGCAUCAAGACGCACACGCAGAUCGACAGUCGUCUGUGGGACUCAAUCGGCCACCAGCUCUUCCGGCGCGGCCGAGAGUACAUGAAACGAUGCGCGUUUCGUCUGCCCCACACCCAGAUGCACGGCGAAACGUCCUUCCUGCCGAAAGAGUGGCCAUUCGAAGGGGAGCAGACGCGUGAGCGUGAGGAGAGCGUGAACUCCGAGAAGGUUGUGCCCGACUUCGAGCCGUCGAAGGAGGAUCUGGAGGAGAUGCACUCGCUUUUGGUGCUCGACAAAUACGUCUCCCUUUCCCAGGCGUUCCUUAACAGCAUCCUCGCGGAUCAUGAGGUCGCGCACGUCUUUCAAGUUUCACCGCAUGAGCAAGAGAUCAUCGAACAUGACCACUCUUGCUAUGUAUUGGGUCGCAGCGGCACUGGCAAAACGACGACCAUGCUCUUCAAGAUGCUUGGCAUCGAAAACUCGUGGCAGCAAGUGCAGCAGACCGAGACCGACGCCACCGGCAUCGCUCGUCCUCGCCAGCUCUUCGUAACACAGUCACGCGUACUGGCGGACAAAGUUGAGGAGUACUUCGUCAAGCUACUCGAAUUCUUACACUUCGCGUCUGAAAAUGGGUCGAGCGAGGCUCUGCGCGAGCUACUUGGACGCCGCCAGGUUCGGGAAGAGGCUGGACUGGUAGAUCGUGAUGAAGCCAUCGACUGGCGCGAAGACCUUCCCUCCCGGUUCUCCGAGCUUCAGGACGCCCACUUCCCCAUGUUCAUCACCUUCGACAAGCUCUCUUCUCUACUUGAAGCCGACAUGGAGAACACCAUCGUUGCUAAGCGCAGCGAGUUGGAGAUGACAAGCCCGACAUCUCCCGGCAUGCCGAACCCUCUGGAUGGCACAGGAGGCGGCACGAGCGAAUACAUGCUCCAGGCUCGCGAGGCAUUCGUGAGCUUCGACGUAUUCAGAGACCAAUACUGGCCACACUUCCCGCAACCUCUGACCAAAGGCAUCGAUCCGGCGUUGGUUUUCUCCGAGUUCAUGGGCGUCAUCAAAGGCUCCGAGAAGACGCUCGAGGCCGGCGCCGAGAAGACGUGGCUGUCGCUGUCCGAUUAUCUCAAACUCAGCGCUCGGUCACAAGCUACGUUCGCUGGUCGCAGGAAGGAGAUCUAUCGCCUCUUCGAAGCCUACAUCCGUGCGCGUAGGGACCGCGGCGACUACGAUGCGGCGGACAGAACUCACUCCAUCCUUCGCGAGAUGCGAGAGAACGGGGUCUCGGGGAAGAAACUCGACUUCCUCUAUGUCGACGAGGUACAAGACAAUCUGUUGAUCGACGCCAUGCUCCUUCGCAUGAUCUGCGUAAACCCCGAGGGUCUCUUCUGGGCGGGAGACACCGCGCAGACAAUCUCCGUCGGAAGCUCAUUCCGCUUCAACGACCUCAAAGCCUUCCUUCACCGCAUGGAAGAGUCGGCGCUGGCUGCGCAGAGCUCGAACCUACAGCAGAAAGCCGCGCGGCCGCCCAAGUCUUUCCAGCUCACGACCAACUUCCGUUCACACGGUGGGAUCGUCCGCGCCGCCCAUGCCGUGGUCUCGCUUAUCACCAGGUUCUGGCCGAAUGCGCUCGAUGCGCUGGCACCGGAGCAAGGUGUCGUCGAUGGUAUCAAGCCCGUGUUCUUCUCGGGAUGGGAUGCAGACAAUGUUCGCUACGAGAGCUUCCUCUUCGGAGAAGCAGGCGCUCAGAUUGAGUUCGGCGCUCAGCAAUGUAUCCUUGUACGAAGUGAUGCAGCGAGGGAGCGCUUGCGCAAGCAGGUGGGAGAUAUCGGUCUCAUCUUGACGCUCUACGAGUCGAAAGGGUUGGAGUUCAACGACGUCAUGCUGUUCAACUUCUUCGAGGAUUCGACCGUCGACGAGUCUGCAUGGCGCGUCGUACUCAACGCGCUCAGCGUCAAUCAACGUGAAGGCGAACCAGCUCCAGACUUCAACGAGAUUAAGCACGCCGGAGUGUGUUCUGAGUUGAAGUUCCUUUACGUCGCUGUCACACGUGCCCGUAAGAACUUGUGGAUCGUCGACCGGUCCGAACGUGGUGUACCUAUGAGGACAUACUGGAUGGCGCAUAAUCUCGUCCAGCACUACACACCGGGAAGUGAAACCGAACUACCUCAGCUUGCUGUGGCUUCAACGCCUGAGGAGUGGGGCAAGACUGCCCGUACUCUCUUCGACAACAAACGCUACUUCCAGGCCAUGCACGCAUAUGAUCGUGCAGAGAUGCCGCGUGAAAAGGCUGCUUCGUAUGCGUACUACUUGCGCGAACAGGCUUACGCAACAUCGGCUUCGAAGGCGGGCGGCGCCAAUGAUCCUCGGCGCUUAGCCUAUAUCGCAGCUGCGGAGGCUUUUGUCAGCUCAGCUAAGGUCGCGAAGCGCGAGCGCCGCGAAUACUAUCGCAUUGCUGCUCGGCUCUAUGUCGCCAUAGACGAAUACGGAAAGGCAGGCGACGCGUAUAGAGAAGCACUCUUCUUCACAGAAGCGGCGCAAAACUACCGUAAAGCCGGUCAGUUCGACAAGACCGUAGAGGUACUUCUCGGGCACCGCGCCGACAUGGAUGCGACCAUUUGGGAGCGCUUGCGUGGAGUCUCUAGGCUGUUUUACUUCAAGCAGCACGAUCUCCAACGCGCCUCACAGCUCUUCGAUAGCGUCGAGGAGAAGCUGGAGUUCACUGAGGAAUAUGACCUUGACGAUGUGCGCGCCGAGCUUCUCGAAGACGCUGGACGCUUCUCCGAGGCUGCCGAGCUGCUUCUGGCUGAGGGGCGCACGAUGGAUGCUAUAGACCUGUAUCUCCGCGAUGAAUCCUCGCCGGAAUCGCAGUCCAAGGCGAAAGAUUGCAUUCUUGACGCCUUGUGGAAGGCACUAUCAUUCAACAUCUCUCCGGAUCCAGUUCACGCCACCGCGUACAAGGCUCUGAAAGCUCUUUUCAGACUGUUGCAGCGUCUCGAUACAAGCACCUUCACAGAUCGCUCCCGCGCCGAGAUAGAGGUCUUUCAGGCGAUCGAACGACAGGAUGCGAACAGUCUUCGGGCGUUGGGUGUCCGUCUUGCACACCGUGGCCCUACGUACAUUGAUCUCACGUUACUGUGCCUCGACCACGGGUUCAAGAGCACGCAGCACAUCUUCUCGGGCAGUGGCGACCACGCUUUGUCCGUUCUAGAGGCCUACAACAUCUAUAUCCGGUUCCUGUCCAGCGCCAUCUUCCACAAGGAACCUUGGGCAAGCGUUCUCUUGUCACGGCUCUUCGGGAUACAGGUCACCGACGAGGGCUUGAUACAGCUCAAGCAGGACUCUUUCCUCCACGCGAGCCAUCUGCGCUUCAAUCACGCCGACUCGUCCAGCGAUGCACCAGCGCUCCGGGAAGUAGCUCUCCGGACGCUCUACCGCAAGGCACUUUGGGAGCGCAUGCGUGUAAGCGUCGACUCGGUGAACCGUCAGUGCUUGAACGUCAAGACUUUUGAACCGUGUGAACGCAAGGCCACCGGAUACUGUGAGCCAGGGAAUGGCUGCAACUUGGAGCAUGAGCUGGAUCAAGCCUGGUUCAAUCGUCGCUUCCGUUUCUACCUCCUUCAAGGUUUCAUGCUGAAUACGUACCAAGACGUGGCAGCUGAGAUCGGCGGGGGAAGGCGCAUCGUCGGAUCUUCCCAGGCGCAGAAAAAUGUCCGGAUAUGGCUUGAGCGUAUUGAAGAGGUCCUCUUCCCUAUUCACUACGCUUUCGGCUCAGCGCAUACGAUCAAUACGACACACGUGCCCGAGGCAGACCUUCGACGAGGCAUCGCUUUAGUGCGAGAAAGCGUGCGCGCCUGCAUCUACGAUCUGGGACAACAGGAGGCUUUGAAUCGCAAGGUGUUCACGAACAUAGUCCUGGUUACGUUCAACUUGGGCUUCACGUUCGACCACACCGCCAUCAACACGUACCUCCCUGGGACGCGAGUAGUAGGAGAGACGGCCUUGGCACCGUAUCUUGUUCGGCAACCCGGAGGGGACAAUGUCAUCCACAAUCUGAUGGAGUUCUACAGAGGAAAGGAGCCGCAUAGUCUCAAAGCGGGCGUUGCGUUCCUCAGUCAUAUCACGGAGCGAAGACUUCCCACGGACGUCGGGAGACUGAGCACAUUCUUAGACCGACUCUGUAGUUCUGUGAUCAUCGCGCGACGCAUGGCACUACGCACGCCGACGCUCCACGACCUCACCUUACCGCGAAGCUGGCUACUUGCGCGAUUGGCUGACAUCGAUGAGCUUUGUGACAAGGAUGUCCGCGUCGGCAAUGAGAUUGUGAGGCUAGUAUCGGCCAUCCUUGUCCAGUUACACACCCUUGUCGAUGCCGAUCACUUGACGUUCAACUCGAAGUUCAUCCUGGACAAGGACCUCGAUCCUCGGUGGAGGAACAUAGCCAUUGCACGCAUCUGCCGCUGCAUUUGUCUCUUCGCCUACAACAUGAGGAGCAUACCCCUGCAAACAUCGGUCUUUCGCGCUAUAACUGGUCUGAAGAAUUUGUCCGGUUCGGCAACGUCACCUUUGUACUCUCAGUACGUGAGCGCACAGCAUUGGUUGCGUUUGGGAAACGUCGCGACUUCAAGUAUGAUCAACUCUGGCCUGGACGAGAUGAUCCUACUCUUCCGGAUAGGUUCGCGUGGCUACCCCCCGACGAACAGCCGUGUCCGUCGUGUCAAUUACAGGAACGUCGACGAACUCUAUGAUGCUCUAGGCUCGAAGGCAAAGCCACCUGCCAAACUACGUGCCGGCGCGACUCCAUUCGUUCCUGCCGGUCCAACCGCCGCGCUGUCCACCGCCACGGAACCUAGCACCACAUCCUCUCAACCUGCGAUCGAAGCGGAAGAGCCGCAAGCCGAGGAGCCCGAUACCCUGCAGGAUGACGACGCGGUAGUCAUAGAGGAAUCGAUGCAGGCUAAUGCCACGCCUGCGAUAUCUCCCGAAGAAGAAAUCAAACGAGAGCGUGCCGCGCUGUUUUUCGCCAAGACUUAUCGCCGUGUUAUACGCCGACGCGCCAACCACGUACUACCGGGUGUUCCGAAAGCACGACUCGACCAGAUCACUGCGUGCUUCAAGGAGGAUAUGAACAUCGAGUGGGCUCCGAAGUCGCUCUACCGCCUCAUCUUCCGCGGGCCGCUGCCGCAUGCGCUCACUUGUCUCGAUCGACUAUUGUAUAAAGCGCAGGCCGACAAAACCAUGAUCAAGAUAAAGACCCGGAUCGCGCAGCACGAGGAGCUGGAGAAGUACAUGGCUGAACAGACGAAGAUCAGCGCAUACGUCAAGGAACUUUCAGGCCUGCAGAAAACGCUUGCACCGACCGCACCUCUGCAUAAGGAGAAGGAUCUUGCCCAACUUCGUACGCACGUCGCGCGCAUCUGCGAGCUUGUCGACGAGCUGGAGAAGACCGCGACCCGGCUACACUUCGACCGGGAUAUCGCUUACCGCGGCAUCAUACAAGAGCCUGCGCCACCCAAAGUCAAGGCAACGCAGAAGCCUACGCUGAACACCAGCGACUUGAACGGGCGGGACGACUACGACGAGGACUAUGAUGGAGAGGGCGACGAUGUGGAUAGCGGUAAGGGGAGUAGUGUAGGCGAUGAGCAGCAUAUGAGCGAGUGA